AUGGCCUACUUAACAAGAAAACGUGGUCAGACGCUUACAACAAAGCUUGAUGAGCAAAUCAAAGCAGAACAUGAUUUCUGGAAGCGUGUACUUCAGCAGGUGAUGACAGUGAUUUACUUGUUGAGAGAACGUGGAUUGGCUUUUAGAAAUGAUGAAACUUUCUGCUGCCCAAACAACGGAAACUUUCUCGGUUUGCUGGAAUUGAUUGCCAAAUUUGAUCCCUUCUUACGUACCCACAUAAAUCAGUAUGAAAAUGAAGGCCAUACAUCAUACCUAUCCAAAACCAUAUGUGAAGAAGUUAUCCAGCUAAUGGCUAAAAUAGUUCUUGAAGAAAUAGUGAAAGAAAUCAAAGAAGCAGGUUAUUUUAGUGUAUCGGUCGAUUCAACGCUUGAUGUUUCCAAUGUUGAUCAACUCACUGUAAUUGUUAGACAUGUUUCUUCCCUUGAUGGAAUACCAGUUGAACGGUUUUUGACAUUUAUUGAACUGAAGAAUCACACAGGUGAAGAAAUGGUUGAAUUGAUACCGAAUUUCUUUGAAGAACUUGAAAUUGAUUUCAGAAACUGCAGGGGUCAAUCAUAUAACAAUGCAGCAAAUAUGGCUGGAAACAUAUGGGAAAACUUUGAUGAGAUUGAGGAGCAAGCAAAAACUACUCUACCUGAUGUAGAGUACAGAAGCCUCCAAAGAAGGCGUAGAAAACGACAACACAGUGAUGGCAGUGCAACUAAAGCUUUGGAUGAAAUUCUUCCAAUGGAUAAUUUUAGGAUAUAUUCAUUUAUUCCUAUAACUGAUACUCUUCACUCAAAUUUAGACAGAAGAGCUAUUGUGUAUAUGAAUGAGUAUUGCUGA